ACAUAGGAGACAGAUACGGCAGCUGCGGGGGACAUGUAUCCCGCGUUACAUUACAUGGAAGGGGAGAUAUUUUGGAUUAUUAUCUCCUGAUAAUGAUGCUGCCCUGCUGCUGAUUCAGGGUGUGACUGCUGGAGGCAGAGACACACCUCAGUAACGCUGACUAACAAGUGACAGGCCAGACUGGACAGCUUGAUGGUGGUAAUAAGCUAAACUAAACAGACCGAGGCCGAGAUGGAAUUACGACUGGGAUUUAGGAUCACCCUGGUCUUGGUCAUCCUGGCCUUGACUCUUUCCGGCGAGAGAGUGGAAGCACAGAGGGCAGGAUGUAAAAAUGUUCACUAUGACUUGGCGUUUAUCCUGGAUACCUCAUCCAGUGUUGGGAAGGAGAAUUUCGAGAAGAUCAGACAAUGGGUGGCCAACCUUGUAGAGUCUUUCGAUGUGGCGCCUGACAAGACGAGAGUAGCCGUGGUUCGCUACAGUGACAGACCCACCACUGAGUUCACCCUGGGUAGACACAGGACCCUGGAAGAUGUGAAGCGAGCUGCCCGUAAUAUCCGUUACCUGGGGGGGAAUACAAUGACCGGGGAUGCUAUCAGCUACACCACCACCAACAUCUUCACGGAGCGGAACGGAGCGAGGCCCGCAGCCAGAGGCAUUCAGAAGGUGGCCAUCCUUCUGACAGAUGGCCGAAGCCAGGAUUAUGUUCUGGAGCCCUCGAAGGCGGCUGCCAAAGCCGGCAUCAGGAUGUUUGCCGUGGGCAUCGGGGAGGCGCUGAAGGUGGAGCUGGAGGAGAUCGCCGCCGAGCCAAAGAAUGCCCACGUCUUCCAUGUGACGGACUUUAAUGCCAUUGACAAGAUCAGAGGCAGGCUGAGGAGGAGGCUGUGUGAGAAUGUCCUGUGUCCAAACAUGAAGGUUCAACCUGAUCGCUUUAAGUCCAACAGCACCAGUUAUGGUCUUGAAGAGGUUCCAGGGUUUGACCUGAUGGACUACUUCAACGUGAGAGAUAUUCUGGGAACCAGAGUUGAUGAAGGCCAGAGUGCUUACGUUCGCCUCGGCACCAUGCCCAUUGUACAGCAAACAGAAGAUGUGUUUCCCCAGGGGUUGCCAGAUGAGUAUGCCUUCGUGACAACAUUCAAAUUCAGGAAAACCUCCAGACGGGAAGAUUGGUACCUCUGGCAGGUUUUUGACAAAUAUGGAAUCCCACAGGUGUCCAUCCGCCUGGACGGUGAGAACAAGGGAGUGGAGUACAAUGCUGUCGGCCUGACAAAAGACGCCGUCAGAGCUGUGUUCAAGAGCCCUGAUGUUGAGAACCUGUUUGACCGCAACUGGCACAAGAUUGCCCUCAGUGUGGAGGCCAAGUCUGUGUCUCUGUACCUGGACUGCAAACACAUCGAGACACUGCCCAUUGAAGACAGAGAGGACAUUGAUAUCCAGGGCAGGACAGUGAUUGGGAAGAGGCUGUAUGACAGUGUGCCCAUUGAUUUUGACCUUCAGAGGAUGAUGAUUUAUUGUGACUCCAAACAUGCAGAGCUGGAGACCUGUUGUGAUAUACCCAACGGACCUUGUCCCAAGAAAGUUGUUACGGAGGCGCCCCCUCUGCAGAUCCCCACCCCGACACCCACCAGUUUGGAGCAGCAAAGAGGCCCUCAUGUGAACUGUUCAUGCCCUGCAGGAUCUAAGGGAGAGAUCGGUGCACCUGGUGUUGCAGGUCCCAAGGGUGAAAAGGGUGACACAGGCCUAAAGGGCGCCAUUGGACCGCCUGGAAACAGAGGAGAAAAAGGAGACUCUGGCAGAGCUCUCUCUGUCAAAGGUGACAGAGGUGAGAAGGGUGAUACAGGGAGGAUAGGGUUGACAGGUCCUCCUGGACAAAAAGGAGAGAAGGGAAUUGGUGGUGUGCCAGGGAUUGAUGGCUUACCUGGAGACAGAGGAGACCAAGGUGACGCAGGACAGGAUGGUGAUCCAGGGCUGCCAGGUCCAGCUGGACAAAAGGGAAUCCAAGGGGAUCAAGGAAGUCCCGGCUCACCAGGACCAAAAGGUGUCACUGGGGAAGCAGGUGUUAAAGGGGAAAAAGGAUCUUCAGGAAACAGCGGCGAGCCAGGUUUGGAUGGAUUCCCUGGCAAACCCGGAGCUCCCGGGAAAGACGGUUUGAGAGGACUGGUUGGUGCACCUGGAGCCAGUGGACUUAAAGGCGUGAAGGGGGAGAGAGGCCUUCCCGGAUUACCUGGGGAUGUGGUUCAGAAAGAAGGCUUACGGGGUGAAAAGGGAGAUGCUGGACCUCCUGGGCCUCAAGGGCCCGAGGGCCCCCAGGGGCCUCAAGGUCCUCCGGGUGUACAGGGUCUACCUGGGGAGCCGGGAGAGUUCGGCCAGAGGGGCAAGAAAGGUGAAAGUGGACUGCCUGGUGUGGACGGACUUCCUGGACCCCCUGGUCCUCAGGGUCCAGCUGGGCCACCAGGAAACCAAGGACACACUGGACCUCCUGGUCUUCCUGGUGAAAUUGGAUUUUCAGGCAAACCUGGAGAGCCUGGGAAGCCUGGUCUUCCUGGUAAAGACGGUCUGGAUGGUCUUCCUGGAAAUGAUGGCGCCGUGGGGCCCAGGGGAGAGCGCGGUGCAGAUGGUUUUCCUGGCAAGCCUGGACCAAAGGGUGAAGACGGGCCUCCCGGACCAAGAGGACCUCCAGGAGAAAGAGGAGAAUCUGGUUCCCCUGGUCAACAAGGUGCUGAUGGAGGAAGAGGAGAAAGAGGUGUUCAGGGAGAAAGAGGACAGGACGGACCAGUUGGGCCAAAAGGUGAAAAGGGCGACAAGGGUGAAGUGGGACCAAGGGGACAACCUGGUAUUCCAGGAAAUGUGGCGAAUGUCAUCCCUGAGCCUGGUGAACCUGGAACACCCGGAGAGAAGGGAGAGAAGGGGGAUCGAGGAAGCCCAGGAGAGACGGGUCAAAGAGGGUUACCUGGUGAGCAAGGCUUUAAGGGACCACCUGGACCAGCGGGUCCAAAAGGUGAAACCGGACUUACGGGAGAGACAGGACGUGUUGGAGACCCUGGUCCACCUGGUUUAGCUGGUCCUCAGGGUCCUCGUGGAUUACCAGGGAACGUGGGCAUACCAGGGACCAUCGGGCCUCCCGGUCCAGCUGGACAGAGAGGAGACAAGGGCGAAGCAGGUAAACCAGGACAAGCAGGUCCCUCAGGCCCACCCGGAGAUCCUGGUUUGACUGGACCCCCUGGACCACCAGGGAAGGGGAAAGAGGGGCAAAAUGGGGAGCCAGGACCACAGGGAAUUCAAGGACCCCCAGGGCCAAAGGGCCAACCCGGGUCACGAGGAGAACCAGGGUCACCUGGGGACAGGGGCUCUGCAGGAGAAGGCAAAGUGGGACCACCGGGGCCACCAGGAAAAAAUGGGGAGCCUGGACCUGCUGGCUUGAGGGGUCUACCAGGAGUCGCCGGUCCUCAGGGCCCAGCAGGACAUAAUGGUUUACCAGGAAGGCCGGGAGAUAAGGGAGCACCAGGAGAGCCUGGAAAGGCAGCGGACCUCUCUGACCUAAAUCUGAAGGAUGUUUGUUCAGACUGCCCUGCAGGUCCACCUGGAGCACCUGGCCUCCCAGGAGUCCCAGGGGACAAAGGACACCAAGGACCUGCCGGGAAAGACGGUCAAGAUGGUUACCAAGGCCCGCCGGGACCAGCCGGAGCUCCAGGGCCCCCCGGAGCCGAUGGAGGAAAGGGUAUAAAAGGUGAUCGAGGACCCCCUGGAGGCCCAGGAGAGAAAGGAGACAAGGGUCACCCAGGACCCCCUGGUCAUCCAGGUGCUGCUGGCCUAAUGGGUUCACCUGGUAACGAUGGACAGCCUGGCCCCGCCGGCCCCCCAGGGCCCCCUGGAGAAAAGGGCAAAGAGGGUCUCAAAGGAAUCCAGGGACCACCGGGUCUUCCUGGCUUGAUUGGUCAGCCUGGAAAAAUAGGAAAAGACGGCAGACCAGGUGAAACAGGAGAUCCUGGCAAGCAAGGUGAACCUGGACCACUAGGAAACCCGGGUCUCAGGGGACUCCCGGGCUUCAAGGGCCACAGAGGAGAACCUGGACCCCCUGGAUCUAAGGGAGAAGAUGGAAAACCUGGAUCACUUGGACGUGACGGCAAACCCGGGAAGGAGGGCUCUAUGGGACCUCCAGGCCGAGAAGGACUUAGUGGACCUAGAGGAGAGCCGGGCAAGCCAGGUGAACCAGGGCCUUCAGGAAAAUCUGGUCUCCCAGGAACUCCAGGUCUUAGAGGGGACAAGGGAGAGCCUGGCAACCCAGGAUUACCCGGCUUUAGUGGGCCUAAAGGCCCCGCGGGUCCACCUGGUCCGAUCGGCCCAGAGGGAAAACAGGGGAUGCCAGGCAGAGUUGGUGACCGUGGCCUCAAAGGAGAGAAGGGAGAUGCAGGUACGAAGGGAGAUAAAGGACAAUCAGGAGAGCCAGGUAUGCCUGGAAACCCUGGACCUCCUGGCAGAAAGGGCCACACGGGGAUGAUGGGCAUGUCAGGACCACCAGGAGAGAUGGGAGCUCCUGGGCCACAAGGACCCUCAGGAAACCCUGGUGUCCCGGGUCAAAGGGGAGAGUCAGUAUCACUGGAGCAGAUGAGACGGCUCAUCCAGGACGAGCUGGCAAAACAAUUAGAUGCCAAAAUGGCGUACCUCAUGGCUCAAUUCCAGCCCGCCCAUGUGAAGAGCACAGCGGGCCGUCCAGGACCUCCAGGCCCUCCAGGUAAGGACGGCAGUACUGGACGACCUGGCCCCCCUGGAGAGCCUGGUAUGCCUGGGCAGAGCGGAGGAGAAGGACCCAGGGGACCCAUGGGCCCUAAAGGUGAGAAAGGAACAAAGGGAGAUCAGGGAGAACCUGGUGUCGGCGAUAGAGGAGAGACAGGCCCACCUGGCCCCAUAGGUCCAGCCGGUCUGCCUGGUUAUGGUAAAGACGGAAGCCCGGGACAAGCCGGAGCCCAGGGAGAGCCAGGAAACCCCGGCCCCCACGGUCAGCCUGGACCCCCAGGUCCUACUGGCCAAUGUGACCCCACCCAGUGUGCCUACUACGCCAGCCUGGCACACAGACCCCACACCAAAAAUGUCAAGGGGACUUAAGAACGACGAGGCACAAAGAGCUUGAAGUCCAGCUGUAUUUAUGAACUUGGUCUGAAUCAAGAACUUUUCUUUUUCAAGAUAACCUCAGUAUGGAGGGCUGAAGCAAAAUGUGCUGCCGGUCAGAUUCUUUGUUUUGUUUGUUUUUGGUAAGAAGCUUGGGACGGAUGGGGAUGAAGCAUCGAGGGACUUUUUUUUUUCCAGAAUAAAUAUGGGGUAAAGAGGGCAGCUAAACAGUUUUUUUUUCCUCACUCGCAUGCUUCCUGUAAAAUAUAUAGGGAGAUAACAAGGAUGAUGCAAUUCCCUCCUCUUAAACCCCCCCAUCGGGAGGGAGGAUUUGGGAGUCUGAUAUCGUAUCGUUUCAUCAGUAAUUAUCUCAAAAGUUCAGCUAGGCGUUUUCUCGCAGGAAUAUGUCUGCACCACUUUUUUUUUUUUUUCCUGCCUCACACCAUUUUGCAUCAAUUACCAUUGCAGCCCACAAUGUCCUACCAAGCAAUAGAUGUCAGUUACUGCUCACUAAAUUGAUCUCUUGCUCGAGAUCCUCUGCGAGUCUAUUGGUAAUUACUCAGUCAGGGGAAUUAUCUGUUUUAUUGUCAUUGAUGGGAAGGGGGGAGGACAGACAGUGUGAGGCACAAUCUCAGAUACCAAUAGUGAUUUUGUGUAGGAGGAGUGUUAAUGAGUUAGUGUGGAGAGUGAUGAAUGACCACUUUUGUGCGCCGCUUGCCUCCAAGCUGGUCGCAGUGUACUCGUGGGCUUCUUUCGAAUAGUAUUGGCACCCAAAAAAUAACUUUUAGAAAAAAAUCCCCACUCAAUUUGUAAACACGUCUGAUUUAUUUAAACAGAAACGAAACAAGAUUUUAUUCUGGGAGUAAACUGAAGGCAGCAGAUAUCACCUCUCUGUCAUAACUCUUAAAUUAGAGUCUUGGCAAUGUUGUUGAACGCUUUUGGAGAGAUAUGAAGGCUUUCAUUCCAAAAUUCAGUGUAUUUGCAAAAAUAAAUGCAACACAAAAACCCACACUAUCAAUCACUUUAUAUGAAUUUGUAUCAUUGAAAGGUGGGUGUCUAAUUUUGAAAUGAAAGUCAUUUGAAUCUGAAAUCUGUCCAAAAAUAGUAAAAACAUGACAUGUAUGCAUAAUUCAUACCUGCCAUGUAAUGAUUUGUCCCGAGCUCACCCACAGGAUGCCUAUUAAACCUGAGUCUAGAAAGACAGAAGUCAAGACAGGAAGAAAUGUCACGUUGGAUUUGUACUUUUAUGUUUAAUGAAGUGGCUCUGGUCAUUCUCUUUCUGAUGUGUGCAUAGGCUUCGGCAGUAAACAGCUUUGAGGAGGUGGUAUAAUUGCAGCCUUUGUUCACCUUUCUUGAAAAGCUGCUUGCUUCGCACCGCUUUUCCAAAUGUGUCAGUUCCUUUCAGUUUGGUGAGGCUUAUUAAGUGCCUACGCUGUGGCAGGGCUCGGGCAGCUCAGCCCUGCUCUGAAAAGACAUUGCUUUUCUUAUUUGUCCCCUGGAACCUAAAAUUGGAGAGUCGCUUCCCUGCAUCUUGAUGACCACACCAUUGUGGUAACCGUUUGAAAGAUGUUUCGCCUUAUGUCCCUCAUGGACCAAUUACACCUCUCCCCAACCUCAGACGUGCUGCUGGUCAUCUAGAACUUAUUAAAUAGACUCCACAGAAAGUAUCACAUUUGUCUUCUUUUCAGAAACAUGAAGAAACACAUCAAUACACACCAGAGCAAAAGGGAAGUGGGGGAGCAAUUUUCAAGAAGAGAAUAUAGAAAUCUUAUAAGAGCUUGCCAAGACAUUCAGUAUGACCUGUGGGUCAGUUUAUCUCUAUAAGGGCCAGUCAUACCUAUCAUCUCUUGCUCAGGUUACUUAAUGGAAGGUCUUUCAUGAAGAAUGUAAAGUUGUGGCUCUGACACAACUUAGUUUUGAAGAUGUUGGUGAAGCAGACUGGAGUUUUAGUUUGGUCUGACAGAUGUUUCUCAGCUGCUCUGACGGCAGGAGCCGUUUUAUUUGUUGUGUUAAAGCAGGGCUAAGUGAUUUUUGACAAAGGGAAUAGCAGUUUCUUCACGUUACAAAUGAAAGGUUGAAUUCAUUGGCAAUAAAAUGCACCCUUGCUAAAUUUGGUGCACUCAGAGUGUUUGUUGGAACAGACUCGCUUGGUGUGGUAUGACCAGCAGCUUAUGGUAGCUAAUAUAGAGUGCUGCAGGGAUGACAGAAGUUAGCAUCGCCCUGUUCGCUUGACAAACAGCCAACGGUAUUUUUCCAUUGGAUUUUGGAUUAUUGCAGAAAAUAAGCUCCGUGGCAAACGAGUUAAUGAUACUCGAACAUUUUGUUCAGCAAGAUAGUCCUGAUCUUAGACACAUACAUGCUAUCGGCAAAAGUUAAAAGCUAACGUUAGGCUACAAACUAACUUCACUAGAGUUGCAUGACGUCAACACAGUUAGCACAACGAGGCUGUAAAGCUGUGUUUGGUAUGAUGACGUUCCGUAGUCUCGUUAGCAGGUUCCUUUUCAGCCACUUCCUGCCAUUUUUUGGAGACUUAAAGGCUUCAAAGUUCACAAGUGAGGUAAUUAUUGGCGUAUUUUAUGUUGCAGAACAAAACCUAAGAGUGCUGCAGGAAUGAGCCCUGAAACCCAGACAUGAGUUAGCAUUUUAGCCCUCCUGGUUCCCUUCUCUUGAAGUCAGUGGGUUUGUGGUGAGAUGCCUGACAUAAGCCCUGUGGUUAACACAAGCUUAAAAGACUUCUAUAUUUUGUUCUACAACAUAAAAUACAUCUUUAAAAUCCCCACUUGUGAAUUUUGAAGCUUUCCUGUGUCUUAAAAAAGGCGGUUGCUGAAAAGAGGCUCAAUGAGACUACAGAAUGUCAUCACUUACAGCCUCGUUGUUGUGGCGACGUCUAAGUCAUGCGACCAUGGUGUAGCUGGUUUGUAGCCCAACAAUUUUAAAAGUGGUGCUCAUUUGUGAAGAUUAUUGUGAAGAAAAUGUGUCAGUAUCAUAAACGUUAAUUUGCCACAGAGCUUAUUUUCUGCAACGAUCCAAACUCUAGUGGAAAAAUCCUGUUGGCUGUUUGAUGGGGGAAAUAGGGCAACACUAACUUCUGUGUCGGCCUACAGAAAAACAUCAUCCCUCGAUCACUCUGUUUCAGGGAUCAAACCAAAAGCCCAUUCAAAAACCCAUUGACUUCGAGACGAGGGAGCUGAAGUGCUAAAAUGCUAACUCAUUUCUGCUCAUUCCUGCACCAGUUUGUUAUCUUUUGUUAAACACAUCUCAGGUUAAAUGGGCUUGCUUUUAACUACAGUAAUGGGAUGUUAUUCUCUGAAAGAAAAUUGGCUAACAGCACAUAUGAAAGGCUAAAAUUUGACGUGAGGUCCAACAUUCAACAGGCUGAACCAUGAGCUAGACCUACUACGUUGCAAUAAUACCAACAUGUGGCUAACUAGCUAACUAGCUGCUAACAUUACUGAGCCAACAAAACUGUAGAUGUUCUUGAACCUCUGAGAUAAAACCCAACCAGUGAGAUUUUUUCUGCCUUCAGAGCAGCUCUGCCUUUGAGAAGUAUACAUGCAUAUCUCUAAAACUACGUCGGCAAAUGUUUGUAGCUGCAGCGUCCUUUCAUCAAAGUGGUAAAGAGCAGUUUUACGUGCAAUGAUGUUCAAAUUUACAGUGGAAUCAAUUUGGUCCUAAAUGUGUGCUUGGAGUAAAUGACCUGCUCUGUCAGUGGUGUCAAACAAUUUCACGUACCUAAUAGCUGCUUCUUUGUCAGUGGUUUGUUAUUGAACAGUCAAACCGUAUCAGUAUUGCCCUUUCUCAGUUUUGUAAAUGCUUGUUACAGUUAGCAACAGAUGUUAAGUUGCUGCGCACACCCUAAAGUUUUGUAAUGCAUAUAAGCCAAAUAGUUUUCAGUUUUCAAAUUAGCUUUUUUGCUAAUUGAACUCUUUUUAAGUUAAAUUAUUCAUGAUUUCAACCAAUACAAAUGUGUUUUAACACAUGAACUCAAAUUCAUUAACCUGUUAUCCCCCUCUCUUUCCCCCCUCUGAUGAAUUGGUGCUAAGAUAUUUAAAUUAGUAGCAUAUUGUAAGUAUUGGAAAGACACAUGUACUGUACUGUAUAAUAAAGACUGGAAAGGAUUC